UCCUUGAUUUGAUCUGCAUACAAGUUUCAGGGUGCUUUAAAACUUCAGGAAUGCUGUUGCCCGUGUACGGGGACACCUGCCUUUAAUAGGGCCAGCGCUAAACAGUGGUGUGGGAUGUUCAGAUCACAAGAUAACAUGGAUGGAAAUAAGGAAACAAAAGGCAGAGAUGUGAUGUAAAGAGUGGAUCUCCAAGCCACUCUGUGUUCGGAACCACAGUCUCAUAGGAGUAUUAUUUCACUUGAGACACACAACUGGUAGUGAGUUCAGUCAGACGAUCACCAUGCCUCAGGUGGUGAGGGGCAAGAUGGCUUCUAAUGACCACUUUAGUGUGGAAUACUCUGGGGAUCCCCAGCCUGGGGACUUAAUUGAAAUAUUUAGACCUGCAUAUCAGCAUUGGGCUCUUUACCUGGGAGAUGGUUAUGUUAUAAAUGUCACACCUUUAGAGGAGGGGCCAGCUGCACCAUUCACUAGCGCAAAGUCAGUUUUCAGCAGGAAAGCAAUGGCAAAAAUGCAACUACUUAAAGAUGUUGUUGGGCAAGACACUUUCAAAAUAAAUAAUAAAUAUGAUGACAAACACACACCUUUACCAGUGCAUGAAAUUGUUAAGCGAGCAGAAUUUCUGAUUGGUCAGGAAGUGUCGUAUGAUUUGCUUGGAAAUAACUGUGAACAUUUUGUCACUUUACUUCGUUAUGGUGAGGGUGUGUCUGAUCAGGCAGACAGAGCUAUAAGUGCCAUUUCCUUUGUAACGGCUGCCGCUAGUGCCUUCUCACUGGUUGGACUAUUUCAUAAUCGAUCAAGGCAAAGAGAUUAUUGAAAGAUAUAAGAGAAUUAGGGGAAAGUAA